UUUAAACAGCCAAUGGGCACUCGGUAUCAUGUUGACCAAUCACGAAGGAAAAACGAACGGUUCUAACUCUUAGCUGUUUCUCAUCCAAUAGAAAACGAGAAGCACAAUCCCUUCAUUUGCAUAACGCUAAUAUAAAAAACAGCAGCGCUCCUUAGCUUGAGGUUGUCGGACUGCACAUUGAAACGUAAAGAUGCCGGAACCAGCCAAGUCGGUGCCCGUUUCCAAAAAAGGAUCCAAGAAAGCUGUGACGAAGACUCAUAAAAAAGGGGAUAAGAAACGUAAAAAAGUUAGAAAAGAGAGUUAUUCUAUUUAUGUUUACAAAGUUCUUAAGCAAGUUCAUCCGGAUACCGGCAUUUCAUCUAAAGCCAUGAGCAUCAUGAAUUCCUUCGUGAAUGAUGUUUUUGAGCGCAUCGCUGGAGAAGCCACCCGUUUAGCUCAUUAUAACAAGCGUUCCACUAUCACCUCUCGAGAGAUUCAAACGGCUGUCCGGCUCUUGUUGCCUGGGGAGCUGGCUAAACACGCUGUAUCUGAGGGUACGAAGGCUGUUACCAAGUACACAAGCUCCAAGUAAAUUCUACAC